AUGGAUACAUCAAAUGACAAUCGUAAAGGAACAGCAGCAGAUGCAACUGCAAUGUUUUCAACUAUAGGAGCAGAAUUGGAGCAAGAACAUCAACAGAGACAAAGCAUCAAGAACAUCACUAGCAAUAUGGAUCUCGCUGGUCGCAAGAUCUCAUUGAUUGUACAAUCUGCUCAUUCUCUUGACAUUAAACAAGCAAACAACCUCUACAGUCAAGUAUCCGAGCAGGUAAAGACAGAGUUUUGCAAGAACAUUGCAGAGCUCAAAGCUUUGAUCAAUCCUCUCGACUAUUACAAAUACCGUGAUCAUUGGAAGUCUCACAUGAGUCAUCUUGUAUUCAACUUAACUUUUACCUAUUGGUUAAGUACUAGAAAGCUUUUAAAAAUCGAUGAAGUUAAUACUUUAAUUGGUGCUCAACAAAGUGGAAAUAGAGACAUCUCUGUUGAAUUGGAAGAUUAUUUAAUUGGUUUAUGUAAUCUUACAAAUGAAAUGAGUAGAUAUUGUGUAAACUGUGUGAUUAGACAGGAUUAUGAAACUCCAAUGUUGAUCAAUACAUUUAUCAAUGAUAUCUAUGCUGGUUUCCGUCUUUUGAAUCUCAAGAACGAUGCGAUUAGAAAGAGAUUCGAUUCAAUGAAAUACGAUAUAAAGAGACUCGAAGAAGUAGUAUACGAUCUAAGUGUAAGAAAGUUGACUACUCCAGCUGCCACUGUCACAAAAUAA